AAAAAUGUGUGUGUGCGAAGACUGCGAAGGUCAAUAUUUGAAGCAGGAAACCUAAUGACUAUGUUGUGUGAUAAAAUAAGCAUUAUGUUAAAUUUAGAUAAGCCAAACGAGACGCCUGACACAUAUAUUUCAACAACAACCUUGGCAACGCCUUGACCCUUAAAGUUGUAUCAGUAAACAAUAUAUUAAUGAACAUUUUCCAAAGAAUUGUAAGACAUUUCAAAACCAACAUGCCUGAUGUUCUACACAAUGUGGACGUUCCCUUCAAGAAAGCGACAUUUGGUAUGGGUUGCUUCUGGGCCAACGAUGCCCUCUAUGGGGCACAAAGAGGCGUUUUAAGGACCCGUGUUGGUUAUUCGGGGGGUACGAAGGAGAACCCGGCAUAUAAAAGUUUGGGCGAUCACACUGAAGUCAUAGAAAUCGAUUACGACCCGAAAACAGUGAAUUACGAGGAGCUAUUGGAUUUAUUUUACGCUCACCAUGAAUACGGAUUAACCACCAAAGUAAAGAGACAGUACAUGUCUCUGAUUUUAUACCACGAUGAAGAGCAGAAACUUGCGGCGGAAAAUUCCAUCAAAUCGGAAGAGCAAAAAAGGAAUACUAAAUUAAUAACAGAAGUUGCGCCGGCCGGAAAGUUUUACCCGGCAGAGAGCUAUCACCAGAAAUACCGAUUGCAAAGGCAUUCUUUCUUGUGCGACGAAUUAAAUUUGACGCCUCAAUUACUCCAAACCUCGCACGUCGCGGCGCGACUCAACGGCUAUGUCGCCGGCGUUGGAAAACCGGAGGAACUAGAACAGGAUAUAAUUAAAUUGGGACUGUCCGAAAAGGCGGCCGAAUACUUAAGAAUUCAGUACAAAGAUAACAUAGGUGGCACAUUGUACUGCUAAUCAAAUUUUAUUAUUAAACUUUAUUAAAAUGAAAGAACAAUCAAUAUUUAACAAUUAAAGUAACUCAACAAAACGGUGUUAUUACAAAAUCUAUUUUGAAUUAAUGCCUUUAAUUCAGUCUAAGCAAAUCCAAGUUGAAUCAUAAUCUACAGAGCGGGCUCUCCUCGUAGAUUUAAAGCUAACUGUAUGUCAAUUGGAUAAAUUGUAACUCUUUUAGCAUGACCAGCCAACUUAUUAGCGUCGGUAAAUAAGUUUGUAAGGAACAUUUCUGCAGCUUCUUGAAGUGCUCUCAAUGCGUCUAAUUGGAUAUGGUGGGCUACCUGAGAAUGCUCCAUUAAAAUUUCUCUAAUUAAUCGACAAAAAGGCAACCUCAAAGAAACAAACAAUUAUUUAUAACCUAAAUCUUACUAAGAUAAAGACUAUCAUUUUGUAUACAUA